CCGGUCAGCGGCCCCGUCCCUGCCCGCGGUGGCGAGAGGCGCCGGGGCGUCCCGGUCUCCGGCACGGGCAGCGAGCGGGGGGGUGGCUCCGGGCCGAGGUUUGGGUGCGGAGCAAAGGCUGGCUGGGGACGAGCGUUGGUGCUCGGCAGAGCCGCGGUGAUGUGCUGCGCACUGUCGACGCCGAGGUGUUCUCGGUGAAGGGAGCGUGUUCCUGCGGCCGCAGAAACUUGUUGAGAACUUGUGGACAAAUGUAUAGGUUCACGCAUUCAUAUUGUGAUGAAGAGUGAUAAAGAAAUUGUUGGAACACUUCUAGGAUUUGAUGACUUUGUCAAUAUGGUGUUAGAAGACGUUACAGAAUUUGAGAUUACCCCUGAGGGCAGAAGAAUCACAAAGCUAGACCAGAUUUUGCUAAAUGGAAACAAUAUAACAAUGCUGGUUCCUGGAGGAGAAGGACCUGAAGUAUAAAUUGAUGCAGUUGUCAUCUGUGAAGACAUGUUAUAUAUACAUAUGUAAUCUAAAUAGAGCUUUUGGGGUAUGGGUGUGGGUGGGUUUUGGUGUGGGUCGUUUGUUUUGUUUACACACUCUUGCAGUUGACAUUUGAUAAAAGAGAAGGAUUUCGCCUUCAGGAAGGGUGCAUUGCUAAUGAUAAUGCUGAUUUUAUAAGUUGAAAUCAUGAUUUUCUUGUAAAGACGCACUAAUUUCUUCAGAAUAAAAGGCUUUCUUUUUGUUAGUUACUGUGUUCUGUUAUGUAAGUGCAUGAGUUAGUUUUAUAACUGGUUGAUGGAGUGGAAAAAUAAUAGUUACAUUCCAGUUGCUGUCAGUCUUCAGUUUUUCUACAUCUGUUGCAUUUGUUUAUGGCCCAGGUCUAUAUAAAACCCAAGUUGUGAGCCAAGAGAUUGCUAUUCUUUGCAGUACAGGCAGAUACUAAGCUGGAUGGUUUGUUUAAACACUGCUUCAGGCUGUGUCACCGUAAACCAUGUGGUAGAGUGCUGUAGAAUUCUGAAAGCUCUUCAAAGUGGAUGCAUCUAUUUGAUGCUCAGCAGCCUUUGGUUCUGCUGGCCUUGAGGUUCAGCUCUCUUGGACUUCUUUUGCUUGGCAGAUGUACUUUGUUACAGUAAAGGCACUGUAGUGGUAUUUGGCAAGUGAGGACAGACAGACCAGACCUAGUUCAUGACCGGGUGAGGGGGUGGGAAGGUUGGUGUUGAAACUUCUCAUUCCUAUCGGUGGUGAGACUGCUUGCACCACUAAGUGGUGCUGUGUAUGUAUACUUAAUUAAAUUGCGAGCUGCCUGUGCCUGCCUGCUUGUGUAGUUCGGAGUAGUCAUUUUAGAGGAAACGUUCUUUUGGCUGCAUUUGUUCUCCUGUGAUACAAAAAUUUGACAGUGCUUGGGGGCAACUACUACUUUAGGAGAAU